AUGGCAUCAAGAUCCGGCGUCUUCUUCUCCGCCAAAGUCAGCAUCCAGAUGGAGGCCACCGCCGGAUUCUCCUUCACCUUCGGUAGUUUCCCGGAAACUACUGUUCCUCGGAACCCACCCACCAGCCCCUCGAGCACCGAGGGUGGCAACUCCACCAGCAUCCGAUCUGACUCACCCUCGUCGCCUGAGGGCGAGUAUCAGGUUGCUGCCUUCACCCUCCCGCCCAACCGCAACAACCCCGACGGCCGUCGCGAGAUUUCGGUCGUCUCGGUGGACUCCGUUUCCUUCUCCAGCGAGGACGACCAGCAGCGGGCAGAGCGUCUUCACUGCAAUGGCCUUCGCGUGGAUCGUCGGGCCAACGAGGAAGUCAUCCGGCAGGAGCUGGUACGACGUUGCCGCUACGACGAGGAGCAUGGUGCACCCAGCGUCAACCGCAACAACCGCGAUCAUCAACCCCGUGACGACGACUACGACCUGACGGAUGACCUGGAUGGUUUCUCCGCCUUCUCCGACAGGUUACGAGCCAUCCAGUGGCCCGCAACCUUCAAGCCGGUCGGAAUCGAGAAGUUCGAUGGCGAGUCUGACCCCAAGACAUGGCUGCGCACCUACGCCAUCGCCGUCCGAGCUGCGUACGGCAACAACGACAUCAUGGCGGCAUACUUCCCGGUAAUGAUGAGCCGACAAGGGCAGAACUGGCUCGAGGCCCUCCCUGCCGGCUCGAUCAACAGCUGGCAGGACCUCUGCACCGCCUUCGUCCAGUACUACCCGGAAGCCUACCCGGGCCCCAAAACCAGAUGGGAUCUGGGCAACAUCACGCAACGUCCUUCCGAGUCCCUACGUGACUAUAUCAAAAGGUACUUCGCUAACCGUAACAUGAUUAUGGAUGUUGAUGAUAGGGAUGUGAUCUACCACUUCCAUCAAGGCCUCCAUAGCAUCAAACUAUGGAGGAAGAUGUUUGAAAGCAACCCCAAGACCAUCUCCGACAUGAUGGCCGUCGUCAACAAGCAUUCCGAUAUGGAGGAUGCCGAGCAUGCACACCGCCGUCACAAGGACCGUCGCGAGCCUGUCGAUCAUCCCCAUCAUAAGGACGAUGACUUGGCUCGCCUAGGUGGAGAUCAUCCUCCACGACACAGCAAGAACCGCGACCAUGCCGAGUCAUCCAAGGCCCGCGAUCGCAAGCGUGGCCCUGACAACACCAUUGCCGUCGCCGAUCGACCCCAGCAGCACACCUCCCUCGACCAGGAGGAGCUCGAUAGGCUCCUUGAUGCCAAAUGUCCCUGGCACAAUGAUGCCAACCACACGACGUGUGAGUGCCAUGCCCUUUCCAAUAGCGUCGCUCUAGAGGAGCCCAAGCGGCCCAGGCUUAAUGAUUGCGAGAGGCCGGGUAGCUCCAGAAGCUCCCAUGGCCGCGGUGGCAGGAACCGCUCGCCUAGGCGAGAUGAGGAGACUCAGCAAGGCAACAGAUCCCCCAGCACCUUCCAGGAGGAGCAACGGGUGGUCAACAUCACCUAUGGAGGCUCCAGCGCGCCGUCCUACAGGCGCAGCAUCAAGCUGCAUAAUCGCGACGUCAACUCGGUGUUCAGGCACAUAGUCGAGCCACUCCGCUGGUCCAAGAUCCCAAUCACCUUUGACCGAUGUGACCACUGGGUCCACCUGCCCAGGCCAGGUGCCUAUCCACUCGUGGUCAACCCGGUGAUCCGCCAGAUCCGUCUGGCCAGGGUACUCAUCGACGGGGGCAGCGCCCUCAACAUCAUCUUCGUCAAGACUCUAGAGGACAUGUGCUUCGAUAUGACCAAGCUGGUUCCUUCAGACCAGGCCUUCUACGGCAUCAUCCCGAGUGCUGGCUCAACCCCGGUCGGCAAGGUCACCCUCCCGGUCACCUUUGGCACCUGGGACAACUACCGCACGGAGUCCAUUAUCUUCGAGGUGGUGCCGUUCGAGACUUCCUACCACGCCAUACUUGGGAGACCAGCUCUCGCCAAGUUCUUGGCAAUCCCCAACCACACGUUUCUUCUCCUAAAGAUGUCGGCUCCGAACAGAGUCCUCUCCAUCCGCGGUGACAUCCAGACAUCUCAUUCCUGCGAGACAGAAAACAUCAACACCGUCGAGGCCUUGGAGAGAAGCAGCAACCAGGCCUUGGUCGCUCAGGCGGCAAAGGCCCUCACGAAGGAUCAGCUCUAG